UGAGGGGCUUACGACACUCAGUGAACAGAAGGUGCUUCUGCAUGUGCUGUCAGUGCACUGGUCUGCUGCAAGGGAUUGCGCGCUGCUUUGCUUCCCACAUUUCCCACCCUGCCUGCCUACCAGCACCAACACUCAGCAGCCUCCUACAGCGGGCUGAGAAAACAGCCGGAGAGCAAGGGAAUGAAUGAAACCUGCGAGCUACGACAGAUACCCGCGUCUCCGCACCCCAAGACGAGCCACUAAGAUCACAAGGAAUACUGAUCCUCAGAAAAGCAGAGAACAGGGAUCACCUCUUUAGACCCGCGUGCAUCCGUAACUAAUCGCAUCAUUGUCCUGCUUGAAUGGAAUUAAACCCUUCAAGACAGUGAUUGCUACCCAUGGACAAAACUUGUCAAAUCUGCUGAACUUGAGCAAGAACGGGAGGAGAGAGGAGAUAUUUAAGAGGAGAAAAAAAAAAUCUUGGUCUUUUUUUUUUUUUUUUUUUCUCACCGCUUGUCUCUUUCCCCCUCUGAUCAUUGCAGCAGAGGACUGCAGAGGAGCUAAAGAGACAGAGCUCAUGCAUACAUACAGGGAAACUUGCACUUCCCACCAUCUCGCCGAAAGCUACUUGAAUUCCUUCUCUUUCUGGCUCUUUCACUUGAGGAGAACUAAGACAUUGUAAGCCUGCCAAGGAUCUGGUGUCCACUGAAAAGGGGAUAGGGGGCGGGGAGGGGUUUGUACCACAGUAGGGUCUUUUUUAGAUGCGCACAUAAUUAGUGUUGAGGCACAAAGCAAGAGGCUGAAUGGAGAUUGUCAGCUUUUGGAUAGGGGUGAGUAGGAACCUUUUCAAAUAAGAUCCGUCAAUAAGGGAAUUUUUUCUUACCCGUUUACUUUCCGUCUAUCAUUUAAUUUUCACAGUAAUCGUCCGGACUUUUUUUGUAGGCGUAUUGACGAUUUUAUUCAACAACAUUUAAAAAAUAAAUAAAAUAGAACAGCACGUACGGCUCUAACACAAAAGCCUAAGGAAAGGUGAUAAACUAUAAUAAUAAGAUGUGAUAAAAAUGGCGUGAAGGUGAAAAACAUAAUAUACUGAGUGGUUCAAUGGACAUUUUCUCAGUGACAUCUCUGGAUAUUUAUGCUAAUGGAUUUCCUUCUAAUUGGUCUGUACAUAAAGUGGCCACUGAAGAAGCCCCCUGGGUUGAUACUGUGUUCACUGGGCAUUUUUUUAAUGGUUCCCUUGGCAGAAGGGGUUUGUCCAAGACUGUGCCGCUGCGACAGCAAGUUGCUGUACUGCGAGGGGCUCAAUCUCACAGACUUCCCCCGCAAUCUGAGCGGAGCAAUGGGCUUGUCUAUGAGAGAGAACAACUUGACUGAGCUGCGUGAAGGCCAACUAGCUACUUUGUCCCAGCUAACCUGGCUCUACUUAGAUCACAACAACAUUGACUUUGUAGAGGAGGCUGCAUUUGACAGGCUAAGACGAGUGAAGGAGUUGGAUCUGAGCAGCAACCGGAUUGAGAGUUUGCCAAAUGGCACGUUUAGGCCCCUCCCAAAUCUGCGUAUUCUGGAUCUGUCAUACAACAGACUGCAGGCACUCGAGGCAGACCUGUUUCACGGCCUUAGGAAGCUCACCAAUUUGCAUCUACGAUACAAUGCUCUCAAAUUUGUGCCAGUGCGGAUUUUUCAGGACUGUCGUAGCAUGCAGUUUCUGGACUUGGGAUACAACCAGCUGCAGAGCCUGGCCCGAAACUCCUUUGCUGGCCUUUUCAAGUUGACCGAGUUGCACCUUGAGCACAAUGAGCUGGUUAAAGUUAACCUGGCCCACUUUCCUCGCCUGAUCUCCUUACGUACACUGUACAUGCACAACAACCGUGCCACCAUCGUUGUCAAUACCCUGGACUGGACAUGGCAUUUCUUAGAGAAGAUUGACCUGUCAGCUAAUGAAAUCGAGUACAUUGAGCCACAUGUUUUUGAGAGUACACCAACCCUCAAAGCACUAAUGCUAGACUCCAAUCGUUUGACCUACGUGGACCAACGCAUCCUGGAUUCGUGGUCAUCUUUGGACAGCAUCACCCUGGCAGGAAAUGACUGGGAGUGCAGCCGUAACGUGUGUGCCUUGGCGUCUUGGCUGAGUGCCUUCCGAGGCCAGCGUGACAGUUCCCUGCUGUGUUCAAGCCCUGACACUGCACAAGGCGAGGACGUGUUGGAUGCUGUUUAUGCUUUUCAGCUUUGUGAGGAUCCACCAAUGGAGGCAACUACGGCGGGGCUGUACACCUCCACCAGGGAUGUGGGCCAAGGAGGUUCUGUGUUCUUGGGCCCAUUUACUCCCAGAUCAUACGAAGGUGAGGGGAGUGAAGUGGUCACGAGUUCUGUUACCGUCACAGUGGACAAUGAUGAUCUGGAGAGCACCAUGCAGAUUCACAAGGUGGUGACCGGAACCAUGGCACUUAUCUUUUCCUUUCUCAUCAUUGUUCUCAUGCUUUAUGUAGCAUGGAAGUGCUUUCCAGCCGGAAUAAGACAACUGAGGCAGUGCUUCAGCAGUAAGCGUCGCAAGCAAAAGCAAAAGCAAAGCAUGCAGCAGAUGGCUGCAAUUUCUACCCCAGAGUAUUAUGUUGACUAUAAACCUAACCACAUCGAGGGAGCCCUGGUAAUCAUCAAUGAAUACGGCUCUUGCACUUGCCAACAGCAGCCUUCUCGGGAAUGUGAAGUAUGACCCUGCUUUGUGAGUACCUGUAACUGUUUGGAAAUACAGUGAAUCCAUUCUUUUGGAUACACCAGAGGAGGGGGAAUUACAAGAAAAGGAUUCUGGGCAAACCUCUCGAUACUUUUUUUAUGCAGCAUCUCACUGUGAUGUGAAACGUGUCCGCUUAACACAGACGUUCUCGAAGUGGAUUUACUGUUCUGCUGUUCUCUCCACAUUUGAGAACACGGGGACUUUAAGUCUGGAACCUGUUGAUGUUCUACAAACAGACAAAGGAUUCAUCCUGGGCUCUGAGGCUUUGGUUCUCGUGGAUGGAUUACUGAGCUUUAAUGCGUGUUUCUACUUCAGGACCAUUAAUUAUUGUUUCAAAGCUAAUUGGAAACAUAAAAAGAGGACGGAAAAAAAAACCAACAAAACUUUGUAUUAUGUAAACAAAACAUGAACUAAAUACAAUGAAAAUGAUGUGAAGUUUCGCUUACAACAAAAAAAAAGUCUGUGUAAUAUAUGUUAAAAAAAGUGUGGACAACAAUCUUUUUCUUUUGUAAAGAAAAAAUGUUUAAAUAAAUAAAUUGCUAUUCAUGUUAAAUACAAUGGUACAGGAGAAAUGGGUAAAAAUGAAGUAAAAAGGAAUCACAGUAGAUGCAGUCUGUGCUUAUGGACUGGAGAGAUGUGUCUGCAGUGCAUCAAACCAAAAAAAAAGGAGGGGGGGGGGUCAGAGAGAGGGAAGGAAAGAAGAAAACAAAGAAAAUAAGAGAAUAUUUGCAUCCCAUUCCCAACGUGAAUCCCAUCGUCCAACUAUUGGAUUUACUUUUGAGUCUCAUGUUUGUUGUUUUAUCAUUGACUGUGUUCACAUCCAGUGUGGUUUCUAUCUCCUCCCAAUGCCUGUUUGUGAAUAGUUUCAAAAGCUCUAUUUCAUCUUAAUCAGUAAGAAUAUUUUCAUACUAUUAUAUCACUAUUUGUGUACCAUCCAAGUAAAGAAAGCAAUGUGUCAAAGAUCUGAAUCUACGUGUCUGGUUGUUUCUCUCUGUGUCCUACAGCAGGGGGAGGCCACUUAUCAGCCAGUCCUAAAUACUGCAGACAGCUGUCUUCAAAACCACGCUUGUUUAAAUUUCAAACAGCUCCUUUACUGUAAGAGCCGAAGAAUUGGUAAACCAGCUUCAAGAAGAAUUUGCACAUGCCGUUUCCUCCACUGUGUUGUCAUGCAAUGUAAAAUGUUUGUUGAAUACAAGGCUAUUUUGAGGUGUAUAUAAAAUGCAUAUUUAUAUACA